AGUGAGACAGCGCAAAGGACCAUGGGAAAGGUGCCCCUAUGACCCCGGCGGAGAACAGUGUCUGUUACCAAACGUGUAGCAGUUUUAGUGAACAGGUGAGGGGACAGAAGGCAGUAUCUGAGGAAAAACUACGUAAGAACCCUUUCGCCGGCCCUAAGCCCGGGCAAGAACUUGAUUUGUUCCCGUGGUCUCUCCCUUUCUGUCAAUCGACCCUCCUACCUUCUCGCCUCUGGGGCUCUGUGAAGAUGGUGAAGAGUGGCAGACUAAGUGCGCCAACCUGCGAUGCUCACAGGCACAAGGCAGUUGGCCGUGUGCGCUUGCGCGCCGGUCGAGGCAGGGCGGGACGGGGCGUCUCCCGCCGCGCGCUGGAGGCGGGGCCUAGGCUGGAGCGCGGCGCCCGCAGGCUGACCUCGUUGAAGCCGGCCCGUGACGUCACCCCGCCGUGACGCGUACGCAGUAGGAAAACUAUCAAGAUGGAUGUCAUGUAUCAUUCAGUAUGGAAGUUUCAGAACUUAGAAGACAUUUGCUAAAUCAAGUUACUUCAACCUGGCAACCUCAGAAGUAAUUUCAGCCAGUUUGCAUUUAAUGGAAGGAGACCUUUGUCUGCUCAUGUGCAUGUCUAACUCAUAAUAGAAAGCUACUCUUCAGGUCAUAUACAUCAUAAUGCGGAAUUCCUCAUCAGUACCACCAAAAGAUCAAGGUGAAUCAAACAUCCCUUCUGGAACAACACAGAGUGGGAAAACCUCUCAGAGUAAGAGUCAGUUUAGGACCAUUGCACCAAAAAUUGUGCCUAAAGUCCUAACAUCCAGAGUGCUACCCUGCCCUCCCUCGCUUUCUGACCAAGGGAGUCUGGCUCUAAUGUCCAAACCUCUGGGCAUGCACACCCAGAACUAUGCUCUGAUGCAGGUGGCCGGCCAGGACGGGACGUUUUCUCUUGUUGCUUUGCCAAAUGUUGCCUCAGCCCAGCCGGUUCAGAAGCCCAGAAUGUCCAUACAUGAAAACCUUAAACUGCCUAUUCCUCGAUACCAACCACUGAGUAGCAAAGGAUUAAGAAAGAAACAUGACCUGAGCUCUCCCAAGGGUGGCUCCAGGGACCCUCCUGGCCCAACCCAGCUAUGUCAUUUGAGCCCUUCCCCACAAGCCCAUCCUGAGCUGCUUCACAAACCCAGCCCAUGGAAGCGAAUGCCCACUUUAAACCCUUCCCCCACCAACAUCAACACAGCUACAGUGACCAGUGCUAUUGACCAAGGAGAUUUGAGUCCUCUAGAGACCGACAGCUGUGGAGAUCUGGAGCCUCCUGCCAUCCCAGCAUAUAGUACAGAAGACUCUUCCCCACAGAGCCUCCGAGCAAGUAUGCAGAAGGCAGGUUGUGCCAGGAAGGAAACGCCCACUAAACCUGCUGUUGCUAGUGAAGAGCUCCAAGAACAGGUAGCUCCUGCACACUCUGUCUUCAGCAGUACAGUUCAGUCAGUCUCUGUAGUAACCAAGGAUAAACUGCCUAUCCUGCCCUCCUCAAGAGUGAAAACCACAGAGGUGGUCAAAGUGGAACCAGAUGCUGAUAGUGCAGAAUCGUCUUCAUCUGGAUGCAGAGCAAACUGUGAGGAGAGACUGUCCAUCACGGAAGGGUUUGAUGCAGCCACUGAGAUAGCCAACAAGACACCUGCUCUGCACGGGUCUAAGCAGAGUGCUUGCGAAAGUGCCUUCUGCCCUGUCACCAAAUUAGAUCUCAACCGCAAGGCAAAACCCAGCAGUGGAGUAAAGAGAAGAGGGAGAAAAUGGAAAGUGCCAGAUGACAUUUUAGCAUUGCAGGGCAAAAGAAGGAGAUGCAUUAUUGGUAUGUGUGGAGAUAGCAUAGAAAGGGCAAGAAACAAUCCCCCAGAACCCAGAGACCAGAAGCCCAGGGCUGCUUCAAGAAAGUAUCGCAGCAUCAUGCCCAAGCCUGUCAUCGUCCUGUCUGCUUUGGCGCCCCUGGCAUCCCCUGCAGCUAUGCUGUCCCAGGCUCCCAGUGGUCUAGGCCAAGAUGUUCUGAAUAAUGCCCUGCCACCAAAAUGUCUUAGCUCCAAGCAGAGUGACAACCUUGCCCCUAAGCCCAGCUCUGCACUCAGAAAUGGAUUCUCUGGCAUUAAGAAGCCCUGGCACAUGUGUCCUGUCUGCAACUACCACUUCCAAUUCAAACACCACCUUCUAGACCACAUGAAUACACACACCAACAGACGGCCUUAUAGUUGUGGGAUCUGUCGCAAGACCUAUGUGCGUCCCGGCAGCCUGAGUGCACAUAUGAAACUCCACCAUGGUGACAAUCGCCCCAAGAAACUGGUGUGCUGUGAAUUCUGUGCAAAAGUAUUUGGUCAUGUCCGAGUCUAUUUUGGCCAUCUGAAGGAGGUACACAGGAUUGUGAUCAGCACAGAGCCCACCCCCAGUGAACUGCAGUCAGAAGACACACCAAAAAGCAAGGACAGGGAUCCCAGCGUGCAAGGACCUGACAGCUCACUGGAGAGGGAAACCAAGUCAAGUUUGGAAGAAGAUUUCCUUCUAAACCAGGCAGAUGAAGUCAAAUUGCAAAUCAGAUGUGGCCGUUGUCAGAUCACUGCUCAGUCUUUUGCUGAAAUAAAGUUUCAUUUGCUUCAUGUUCAUGGGGAGGAAAUUCAAGGACGGCUGCAAGAGGUGGGCCAACCAGGCAGCAGAACUGAUGCUCCCCACCAGAAGCAGUACACAGAGAGAACGAAGCAGGUGAAGCCCUGUGCCUCUGCGGAGGACUCCCCAGCAUUCCCUAGAGGAAAAAGACAGACAGUCCCUCAUCAGAACAGAGAGGAAGCCCUGGUCGGAACUGAAGGUGGCCAGUGGGGAACGACUGGCCCGCAGCAUCCAGCCAGGCUUCUCUGGUCCCACGCUGGCUUCAGCUGCCUGCUGUGUGCUCAGAUGCUGGGGAGGAAGGAGGACCUGCUUCUUCACUGGGUACGCCAGCACAACUGUGAGGACCCCACCAGACUCUGGGCUCUCCUGGGUACGUUCUCCAACCAGGGAGCUCCUGAGCUCCCCAGCGGAGCAAGGCUGUGACUGAGGCCGUCCAGCCGGAGAGAUGCUGCACCCCCAUCUCACUGUCUGUGAUGUUAGUAUUUAUUGUCAGGAUCCAGUACUUCAGGGCCAGUGCCAGUGUACAGAGUUGUAUGUAGUUUGAUUUUCUUAAGAAAUAAAAUAUGUGCCCUGGAUGCAUUUUUCUUACCUAUGUAGUCUCACUUUAAAAUUCUAUGCAUUCUCUAAUAUCGUAAACUUUAUUUCAUAAUAAAUAAAAAGAUCAAAAUUAGGAAAUUGAAAUGUAGAGAAGAUUGUUGUUCUCAGUUGCAAGCUUUUGAGUAUGAGUGUGUGGUGGGGGCGGGGUAGAUAUAUGUCCACGUGUCCUCUUAUUUUGAUGCUGUUUAAUUAUAUUUAUUAGCAGUUAAUUCUACAGCUGUGGGAUGUAGUCCCAACUGUAGUAUAAAGUUACAAGAUCGUUGUUGAUAUUUGUUAGUCUCUGGUUUAUUUGCAUAUGCUCUAGAACAGUCUUUUAAAAAUGUACUCUCUACCAUAAAAUCUGUUUUCAGGAAA